UCCUGUCUGCCGCCCAUGCGGUGGAAGUUUUGCUUCCACUUUCGCUUUGAGCAGGAGUCAGAUCAGCAGGAAGGUACCGUGGUUCUGAAGACGCUGCCCGGGGAACGGACAGACAGACGGACACGCAGAGCACUCUUGGUCACCAUGGCUUUCGAGUACCCAGCCAUCCGCAGGGACGACAGCAAGGUGGACAUGUAUCACGGCGUGAAGGUGCCUGACCCUUAUGCUUGGUUGGAGGACCCCGACAGCGAGGAGACCAAGGCCUUCGUGGAGGAGCAGAACAAGCUGACCAUGCCCUACCUGGAGCAGUGCGCCAUCAGGGAGAAGUUCCACCAGCGGCUGACGGAUCUUUUUGACUAUCCUAAGUACAGCUGUCCCUACAAACGGGGAGACAGGUACUUCUACUUCCACAAUCAGGGCCUGCAGAAUCAGGACGUUCUUUAUGUCCAAGACUCUCUGGAUGAACCUGCCUCUGUCUUCUUUGACCCAAACAAGCUUUCUGAGGACGGAACCGUCGCCUUGAAGAUGGCCCGCCUCUCGGAGGAGUGUGAGUACUUUGCCUAUGGGCUGAGCUCUGCCGGUUCUGACUGGGUAACUGUGCACUUCAUGAGAGCCACGGACCUGACACCCCUCCCCGACACCCUGGAAAGGGUUAAGUUCAGCUGCCUGGCCUGGACCCACGAUGCCCGCGGCAUCUUCUACAAUUGCUACCCCCAACAGGAUGGCAAGGCUGAUGGCACAGAGACCACCUCUAACCUCAACCAGAAGCUCUACUACCAUGUGAUAGGCACCAGCCAAUCAGAAGACACCCUGGUGGCGGAGUUUCCAGACCACCCCAAGUGGCAUAGUGGGGUCACGGUGUCCGACGACGGCAGGUACGCCGUGCUGUCCAUCACCGAGGGCUGUGAGCCCGUCAACCAGCUGUGGUACUGCGACCUACAGCAACUGCCCAAUGGAAUCACAGGCCUGCUGCCGUGGGUGAAGCUCGUGAAUAACUUUGAGGCGCAGUACACCUACAUCACCAACGAGGGCAGCGUCUUCACCUUCCGCACCAAUCUGCAGGCGCCCCGGUAUAGAGUCAUCAACAUCGACCUGCAGAAACCUGAGCCAGAUAACUGGAGAAGCCUCAUUCCGCAGCACGAUAAGGAUGUGCUGGGUUUCGUGUCGUGUAUCAAUCAGAACUUCCUGCUGGUGAACUACAUGCAUGACGUGAAGGACGUCCUGCAGCUCGUUGAGCUGUCAUCAGGGGAUCUGCUGAAGAACCUGCCUCUGGACGUGGGCACCGUGGUAGGCCUCAGCUGCAAGAAGAAACACGCCGACUUCUUCUACAAGUUUACAUCCUUCACCACCCCAGGGAUUAUCUAUCACUGCGACCUAAGCCUGCCAUCUCCGGAGCCCACAAUCUUCAGACAGGUGGAGGUGAAGGGCAUCGACAGGACCGACUAUGAGACCAUCCAGGUGUUCUACCCCAGCAAGGAUGGCACCAAGAUCCCCAUGUUCCUGGUGCAUGCUCGUGGCAUCCAGAAGGACGGCUCGCACCCCGUGUUCCUCUACGGAUACGGCGGCUUUGAAAACUGUAUUCAGCCCUACUACAAUGUGGCCUACUUGCUGUUCGUGAGACAUGUGGGGGGCAUCCUGGCUGUGGCCAACAUUCGGGGAGGAGGAGAAUAUGGACAAACCUGGCACAAAGCUGGUUCCCUUGGGAAAAAACAAAACUGCUUUGACGAUUUCCAGUGUGCGGCGGAGUACCUGAUCCGUGAGGGUUACACAUCUGCCAGUCGAAUUGCCAUCAACGGGGCCUCAAACGGGGGUCUGCUCGUGGGGGCCUGUGUGAACCAGAGGCCAGAGCUCUUCGGUUGUGCUGUGGCUGAGGUGGGCGUCAUGGACAUGCUCAAGUUUCACAAGUUCACUAUUGGCCAUGCCUGGACAACCGACUACGGCUGUGCGGACGAUCCUGAACAAUUCCAGUGGCUGAUAGAGUACUCCCCCCUGCACAACUUGCCUCCCGCCCCGUAUCAGGGCCUCCCCUAUCCCGCUAUGCUGCUGCUCACAGCUGACCAUGACGACCGUGUGGUUCCUCUGCACACACUGAAGUAUUGCGCCACCCUGCAGUACAGUGUGGGGAACAGCCCGGUGCAGACGCAGCCGCUGAUGGUUCGGGUGGACACCCGCAGCGGGCAUGGCGCGGGCAAGCCCACCGCCAAGGCCAUCCUGGAGUACACCCAUAUCUUCUCCUUCAUUGCACAGACCCUGGGCCUCUCAUGGAAGGAGUAAAGAUGGAGGUAGAGCAGGUGUCGAGUUAGGAGCAGGAAUUGGAGGUCUGAUGUGUGUUUACAGGCCAUUUUAAUACGAUGAAAGAAUGAUACCAUGCAGGUGAGAGAAAGGUCAGGUCAUUUCCAUUUAUCACAUUCAAACUGCCAAAUUCUAACCUCGAUACUCCUGAAAUAACUAAGAAAAGUAUAAUAGCUACAUAUAUGCUUUUAUAGGCCUUUACUGUAAUUCUUACUGUGUCUUAUGAGACUCAGUCAUCAAGCCAAAGCAAUUUACCAUAAAGCACUUCUCCUCAUAA